AUGAAGGUGGGCAAGCAGGAACAUCUUGUUGAAGGAGACGAAAUGCCACGAAAACAGAGGAAGCGAGCUUUAGUCGCACCAAAAUCUUUGUCCCCUGAAGAUAUUGCUGGAGAAGCGGCUAGGUUUUAUGCAACCAGGUGUCAGGAAAAAACGCUAACCAUUAUGGGCUCCACUCAAAUACGGGCUCUAUGCCAGCAAAAUGAGAACAAGCUGGAUAUCCUCCCACGGCAACAACCCGUCGCUAUAGACCAGUCCUAUAAUAACCAGUCAGCCAACUAUCAUGGUCAGACAUCGCUUUGUUACAUGCCCAACACUAGAGGAAUGCUCGACGACUAUAGCACCGUAUGGGCCAACCAGUAUCGGGAUCUCAAUGGCAGACCCACCGAGGUCUUUGAAGAACGCAGUAGCAUCAUGAACGAAGCUACGUACGACUUCGUCCUCCCAAGCCAAGGCAUAGCCACGAAGAUGCCCCAGCCAAUAGGAGCAAUGACGACGACAUAUACAGACGCAGACUGCGUCCUCUCAACCCUCCAAUCCUAUCGAAGCUGGCCCCAGUCCAACAUCAACCUCUCAACCCUCCCAGACGUUCUCUCAGACAUAAACCCAGUCACCCACGCAAAGGCCUGGAACUCACAGUGCGCAACAUCGCAAGACGGUACAGUUCCAAUGGCCAUCCAAAGCAGCGGUCUCUACAAUAGUGUUGUCGAGGGUGAUGUGCGUCUGCCGUAUGCUGUUGUUUAUUCUGUUCCGUUUUGA